CAGUAACUUUGUCUUCAGUUUCCGGUUAAACCAAAGGCAACUUGUUUAUGGGAAAGAAGUGAACGACUUGAAUGAUGUUUCUGGUGGGACUAACAGGAGGGAUAGCUUCAGGGAAAAGCACGGUAUCCUCAAUGCUGAGAGAGCUCGGCUGUCCCGUCAUCGAUGCCGAUGUCGUUGCCAGACAAGUGGUGGAACCCAACAGCUCAGCAUACUGCCGCAUUGUGCAACACUUUGGCCAGGAAGUCCUUCUUGAGAAUGGAGAGAUCGACCGGCAGAAGCUCGGCCAGAUCAUCUUCACUAGUGCAGAAAAGCGACGCCUGCUCAACUCCAUCACUCACCCGGAGAUCCACAAGGCCAUGCUCAAGCACAUUCUUCUCUACUUCCUCCGAGGAUACCACUACAUCAUCCUGGAUGUGCCGCUGCUGUUUGAGACACGCCGCCUCACACGCUUCCUUAAUCACACAGUUGUGGUGUACUGUGACCCCACCACUCAGCUGUCACGCCUGAUGCAGAGGGACAGCUUGACCCAGCAGCAGGCAGAGCAGCGCAUUGCUGCUCAGAUGCCCCUGAACGAGAAGCGCGGGCUGGCUAACCAUGUCAUUGAGAACUCAGGCAGCCGUGAGGACACCCUUAGACAGGUUCUCAGGCUGCACUCCAAGCUGGAGGACUCGAUGGAAUUCCUAGUGGUGAGGGGUCUGGCAGUCGCUUUAGCACUGGGACUCGGAGGCUUGCUUCUCUAUACAGUAAAGUUGUUGGGAUCAUAGCACUGAGUACAUCUUUAUUAGGCUAUAGAAAUCACUACUUUGCGUUGCAGUGCAGUUUAGUAUUCCUAAUUGUGCAAUGUGCACUGAAACACAACUUUUUAAAAUAUUUAUAUUAAUACGAAUUAGAUUUUUUAUUUUUAUUGAAUGUCGGUGGACAAUUUUUAAAGAUUUUUGGUGUUAGCUGCUGAUGUUUGACAGAAAGAUCAGAGCAAUGUUGACAUCUCAUGCUACUGUCUCAUUCCUACGACUCAGUUGUCGUGUAAUCUAGUGGUGUGGAACUUUUUAAUAUGAUCUGCAAAGUGUUUCAUGUUAGUUUUGCUACAUUAUUCCUCUCAAAAUUAAUAUCGAAAAUACAGAUACUAUAUAUAUUUAUGUUUCACCUAAUAAACAAAACCACUAUAAAGCUCAUGAGUGUUUUUAUUUAGAGUUAUUAGGAGUAUAGAUCAGGUAUUGCAGCAACCUUCACCACUAGAUGGGGAUGCAAUACAUCUGUACAGUUAACACAAACCAGGCUAGCAAAGUUUCUCUUAAAGCUGGACAGACGAGGAGAACUUUUGUAUCAGUUUUAUAGCACAAAAUACAAAU